CCCAGAAGAUUUCUUAAAAAAACCCUAAUCGUCAAGAGACACUCCCUCCCAAAAUCCCCAAUCAUCCUAACCUUCGAUCAUUGUCAGAAACGUUCCCAUUCUGACAUGCGAUCUCAUUGAUGCACCAUUUUCAACUGUUUGUAGUCAUCAGUUUAAUUCGAGCUUCCGGGUUUUUAAAACUGUUGUCGAAUAAGGUUUUCUUCAGCCCAAUCAAUUAACAAUGUCAGAGGACGUGCUUUUACACUUCACCUCAAACUCCUCUAAUCAAUCCGACCAAUCUUUACCAUCAAAAAUUGCAAAACUCGAAGCACGAAUGGUGGGUAAAACCUCCACGGCUGUGGUGUCUCCUCUUCAGCUUCCUGCUGCACAAGUCGGAGCGACGCGGUCGUCAGUUUCUUCUUCUUCUGCUGCUUCCAAGUUUGGAGCUAAUGCUGCUGGUGGGAUUUGUGCUGAAUCAUUAGAUUCCAGCGAUUCAGAAGAGGAUGAUACCAAUGGAAGAGAGUUUCUCAUACAAGCUAACUUUCAGAAGCGUAGAAAGCUUGCGGAUGAUGCUGACUCAACUGCAGCCGAUCAGAUUAAGUCAUCCUUAAUGGAAAAAAUCCAGGUAGUUGCAGAUGUUAGACAAAAAGUUGUGGAAACUGUGGAAGUUAAGAGCGGCUCAGAUGUAAACAGGAGAAAACAAACCCGUGGUAAGGGAAAUUCUAAUCCAACGAGAGGACGUGGUUCCUUGGUUAAUGACCAGACAAGAAUACAAAAUUCCAGCUUAGUGCUUCGGUCAUCAAACGGUCUUCUCGAGAACUCACAUAAAAAGGAGAGUAGUAGACCAAAAGAACAACUUGGACAAAACGAACGUGCUUCAUUAGAGGAGGAAGUCACUUCAUUGCGUGCCAAAAUAAUGACACUAGAGGAGGACUUACGAAAAGCACGCCAAGAGGCCUCGGAUUAUCAUCAUCUAUGCCAGCAGUUGGAAAAGGAACUUAAGGAGCUUAAAAAUAGUGAACAGCAGGUGAAACCAAAAAGAAUGAAAGUCAUAUCUGAUCUGCUGAUAUCUGUGUCUAAAGCUGAGAGACAAGAAGCGAGAAUGAAAAUACGACAUGAUUCUUUGAGACUUGGCAAUGUGGGUGUUAUCAGAGCUGGAACAGUAAUAUCCGAGACUUGGGAAGAUGGGCAAGAUGUUAAGGAUCUUAAUGCUCAGCUGAGGCGUUUGUUAGAAUUGAGGGAGGCUGUUGAGAGGCAGCGGAAAUCAUUAAAGAAAAAGCAGCCAGAUAGGGGUGAUGUAGCUGAAGCCGAGUCAGGAGCUCCAGAAGAAGACGCCAUCAUCCAGGACGAAAUCUACAAAUCUCGUCUAGCCAGCAUCAAGCGUGAAGAGGAAAGCUAUGUGCGCGAACGAGAUCGGUAUGAACUAGAGAAGGGGCGACUUAUACGUGAAAUGAAACGUAUUAGGGAUGAGGAUGGUUCUCGUUUUAAUAAUUACCAGAUCCUGAACCAUCGAUAUGCCCUCUUAAACCUUCUUGGGAAAGGAGGAUUCAGUGAAGUUUACAAGGCAUUUGAUUUGGUGGAGUAUAGAUAUGUUGCAUGUAAGCUUCAUGGUUUAAAUGCCCAAUGGAGCGAGGAUAAGAAGCAAAGUUACAUACGUCAUGCUAUACGAGAAUACAAUAUUCAUAAGACCUUGGUACACCAUCACAUUGUUCGGCUAUGGGACAUCUUUGAGAUAGAUCAAAAUACUUUUUGCACGAUUUUGGAGUAUUGCAGCGGUAAAGAUCUCGAUGCUGUUCUUAAAGCAACCCCCAUACUGCCAGAGAAAGAAGCUCGGAUAAUUAUUUUUCAGAUAUUUCAAGGACUUGUUUACUUGAACAAAAGAAACCAGAGGAUUAUUCAUUAUGAUUUGAAGCCUGGGAAUGUCCUCUUUGACGAAUUUGGUGUUGCAAAAGUAACUGAUUUUGGUCUUAGCAAGAUUGUGGAGGAUGAUGUCGGAUCCCAAGGCAUGGAGCUUACAUCUCAGGGAGCCGGAACGUAUUGGUACCUUCCUCCAGAAUGCUUUGAGCUUAGUAAGAUCCCUCUCAUUUCGUCAAAGGUUGAUGUAUGGUCAGCUGGUAUUCUGUUGUACCAAAUGCUUUUUGGAAGACGCCCUUUCGGGCAUGAUCAGACACAAGAACGCAUAUUGCGUGAAGAUACCAUAAUCAAAGCCCGAAAAGUUGAAUUUCCAUCUAGACCAUCUGUGUCUAAUGAAGCAAAGGAAUUUAUUCGGCGAUGCCUAAUGUAUAACCAGGAAGAAAGACCAGAUGUGUUAACUAUUGCUCAAGAUCCGUACCUCAUAUAUUCCAAGAAAUGACACCAAACAAUGGAGAUAAAAAGUCGCCCCAGUAACCAACCACAGGAGUAGGGUCCAUUGGCACCCUGGUGAAGUCUGAGAAAACUACAAGCAGCCCAAAAACCCACAGCAGAUAUAUGGGAAAUUUUCCAGGAAUCAGGUUUUUACACCCCACUCUGCAAAACAAUUGUAUUCUUUGUAUGGGUUUCUUUUUGUAUGUAAAUAUGGAAGAGUUUUUUAGCUUCAUGGUGAAGUUAUUAUGGUGGAUUUUUUCAGAAUAUUAUGGUUUUUGCUCUGUGGUUGUCAAUAAGUUCCUUAAU